ACGAUGACUGCGCUUCUGCUUACAUCGCUCUUGGCAUUGACCUUGAAAGCAACUGCCCAACUGGAAGGCAGAGGCUUUCCUGACUGCCAAAAUGGACCUCUCAAGAACAACACCGUCUGCGAUUUUACGGCUGAUCCUCUGACAAGAGCAACGGCAUUGAUCGCAGCCUUUACCAUCGAGGAGAAAAUCAACAACACUGGCAGCACUGCCCCGGGUGUUCCUCGACUAGGACUACCAGCGUACACAUGGUGGCAGGAAGCGCUUCAUGGCGUUGCUCAGAGCCCUGGUGUGAACUUCUCCGAUUCCGGAGACUUUCGCUACGCAACUUCGUUCCCACAGCCGAUCCUGAUGGGUGCUGCAUUCGACGAUGACUUGAUAAAGGACGUUGCAACCGUCAUCAGCACUGAAGCAAGAGCCUUCAACAACGAUGCUCGUUCCGGAUUGGACUAUUGGACUCCCAACAUUAAUCCCUUCAAGGACAGUCGUUGGGGCCGUGGCCAGGAGACGCCCGGAGAAGAUCCCUACCAUCUGUCAAGCUAUGUCAAAUCUUUGAUCGCAGGCCUACAGGGAGAUGGAAAGUACAAGAAAGUCGUUGCCACUUGCAAACAUUUCGUGGCGUACGAUUUGGAGACGUGGAAUGGCAACUUCCGUUACCAGUUCGAUCCACACGUUGGUUCUCAGGAGCUCGUUGAGUACUACAUGCCUCCGUUCCAGGCCUGUGCCCGCGAUGCCAAUGUUGGAGCCUUCAUGUGCUCAUACAAUAGCUUGAACGGAAUUCCGACUUGUGCGGACCCGUAUCUCCUCCAGACAAUCCUCCGCGAACAUUGGAACUGGACUUCGGAGGAGCAGUGGGUGACUUCUGACUGUGACUCUAUCCAGAAUGUCUACCUUCCGCACGAAUAUACCUCGACACGCGAGGAGGCCGUUGCUGUAUCUCUCAAAGCAGGAACCGAUGUCAACUGCGGUACCUAUUACCAAGAGUUUUUGCCAGGAGCUCUCUCUCUGGGCCUAGUGACUGAGAAGGACAUCGACAUGGCACUUAUUCGGCAGUACUCUUCUCUCGUUCGUCUCGGGUACUUCGAUGGUACGGCUGUUGAGUACCGGAGCCUAAGCUGGAAGGAUGUCUCCACUCCCUAUGCCCAGCAGUUGGCCCUCAAGGCCGCUGUCGAGGGCAUCACACUCCUCAAGAACGACGGAAUCCUGCCGCUCGCCAUCACCAAGGAUACCAAAAUCGCUGUCAUUGGCGACUGGGCCAAUGCUACAGAGCAGAUGCUCGGAAACUAUGAUGGUAUUCCUCCUUACCUUCACUCCCCUCUCUGGGCCGCCCAACAGACGGGAGCAAACGUGACGUACUCGGGCAACCCAGGAGGGCAAGGAGACCCAACGACGAACAACUGGCUCCAUAUCUGGACUGCCGUGGACGAAGCCGACGUCAUCCUCUUCGCUGGCGGAAUUGACAAUGGUGUCGAGGCUGAAGGCAUGGACAGAGUCAGUAUCGCCUGGACUGGCGCUCAAUUGGACGUCAUUGGCCAACUCGCCUCUCGUGGCAAGCCCGUCAUCGUCGCUCAAAUGGGCACCAACGGUGUCGACAGUACUCCUCUCCUCAACAAUCAAAACAUCUCGGCUCUUCUAUGGGGCGGCUACCCCGGUCAAGACGGUGGUGUCGCGCUCCUCGACAUCAUUCAAGGUAAAUCCGCUCCCGCCGGCCGUCUGCCAACCACCCAAUACCCAGCAUCGUACAUCUCGAAGGUUCCAAUGACAGACAUGCACCUCCGCCCCAACAGCACCACCGGCUUCCCAGGUAGGACGUACAUGUGGUACAACGAGAAGCCCGUCUUCGAGUUCGGCUACGGUCUGCACUACACCAACUUCUCCGCCACGAUCUCGCCCACCGACACCACCUCCUUCAGCAUCGCGGACCUCACCAAAGACUGCACCGAGCACUACAUGGACCGCUGCCCAUUCGCAGACAUGAAGAUCGCCGUCACCAACACUGGAAAUGUCACCAGCGACUAUGUCACCCUCGGAUUCUUGGCCGGCGAACAUGGUCCCGCUCCGUGCCCGAACAAGCGCUUGGUCAACUAUCAGCGACUACACAACAUCACUGCCGGAGCAAGCCAGACGACUUCGUUGAAUUUGACGCUGGCCAGCUUGGCGAGAGUCGAUGACAUGGGCAACACGGUGCUCUACCCUGGCAGCUACGCUUUGUUGAUCGACACGCAGCCUUUGGCUAUGUUCAACUUCACUUUGACGGGUGACGAGGUGGUGCUUGAUCACUGGCCUCAGCCGCCUGCGCCGCGGACUCAGGACUCGGACUACUAUGUUGGCGGGUACGGUAGUGAAUAUGAGAUGCCUUUGUGA